GCGGCGGGCGGGCAGAGCGCGGAGCGGAGCGCGGAGCGGAGCGGCGCAGGGAGCGCGGAGCGCGCAUCGCACAGCCCGCUCCCGGCCCCGCCGCAGCCCCCCGCCCGGCCAGAUGAUGAACUUUCUGCGGCGCAGGCUCUCGGACAGCAGCUUCAUCGCCAACCUGCCCAAUGGCUACAUGACCGACCUGCAGCGGCCGGAGCCGCAGCAGCCGCCGCCGCCGCCGCCUUCCGCGGGCUCGGCGGGCCCCGCCUCGGGCUCCCCGGCCGCCGAGCGCCGGCAGCCGCCGCAGCCCGCGCCCCCUCCGCAGCAGCCGCCGCCGCAGCAGUCCGCGGGCAGCAGCUUCUUCAGCUCGCUCUCCAACGCCGUCAAGCAGACGGCGGCCUCGGCGGGGCUGGUGGACGCGUCCGCCGCCGUCUCCGCGGCUGUCGGCAGAAAGUUCAAGCUGCUGCUGGUCAUCGACGAGCCGCACACGGACUGGGCCAAGGCUUUUCGUGGCAAAAAGAUCCAUGGGGAGUAUGACAUAAAGGUGGAACAGGCAGAAUUUUCAGAAAUCAACUUGAUAGCCCAUGCUGAUGGCAAUUAUGCAGUUGAUAUCCAAAUAAUUCGAAAUGGCACCAAAGUUGUCAGGACAUUCCGGCCUGACUUCGUGCUGGUGCGGCAGCACUCCUACAGCAUGGCGGAGAACGAGGAUUUCCGCAACCUGAUCAUCGGCAUGCAGUACGCCGGCGUGCCCAGCGUCAACUCGCUCGAGUCCAUCUACAACUUCUGUGACAAGCCCUGGGUGUUUGCCCAGCUGGUGUCUGUCUACAAAACUCUGGGCCCAGAGAAGUUCCCUCUGAUCGAGCAGACGUUCUACCCAAACCACAAGGAGAUGCUGACAAUGCCAACCUUUCCUGUUGUGGUGAAGAUUGGACACGCUCACUCAGGCAUGGGAAAGAUCAAGGUAGACAACCACUACGAUUUUCAGGACAUAGCCAGCGUGGUAGCACUCACUCAGACCUACGCCACCACUGAGCCCUUCAUAGACUCCAAAUAUGACAUCAGGAUCCAAAAGAUAGGCACUAACUACAAGGCAUACAUGAGAACUUCCAUAUCUGGGAACUGGAAGACAAACACGGGUUCUGCCAUGCUGGAACAAAUUGCAAUGUCAGAUAAGUACAAGCUUUGGGUUGACACCUGUUCUGAAAUAUUUGGUGGUUUGGACAUCUGUGCUGUUAAAGCUGUACAUGGGAAGGAUGGAAAAGAUUAUAUUUUUGAGGUGAUGGACUGUGCCAUGCCCCUGAUUGGGGAGCACCAGGCUGAAGACAGGCAGCACAUCACCGAGUUAGUCGUAAGCAAAAUGAACCAAAUGUUGUCCAAAACUCCUAUUCCAUCUCCUCAGAGACCCACUGCCACUCAGCAGCCUCAGAGUGGAUCACUAAAGGAGCCAGAGCCAAACAAAAUCCCACCUCAGCGACCACCACCUCAAGGGGGCCCAGUGCAACCCCAAGGAAUGCAAUCCCAAAGCCAGGAGGCAUUGCAGCCCCAGCGCGUGUUCCCCGCGGGGCAGGCAGCGAAGCCCGCAGCCUCGCAGCCCCAGCGCCCGCCCGGACCCACCACCCAGCAGCCACGGCCCCAGGCCCAAGGUCCUCCCAGCUCCAGGUUAUCAAAGGAAGCAGAGCCACAGCCACAGCCCCAGCCAGAGCCACAGCCUGCGCCCCAGCAGAAGCCUCAGUCGCAUCCGCAGCUUAACAAGUCGCAGUCCCUGACCAACGCCUUCAGCUUCACAGAGUCCUCCUUCUUCAGGUCGUCCGUGAACGAGGACGAGGCCAAGGCUGAGACCAUCAGGAACCUGAGGAAAUCCUUUGCCAGCCUGUUUUCUGACUAGCCAGCUUCGUGUCCACCUGCUAGAGUCUGACACCGCCCUGAAUGUCCCAUAGGUUUUGUUCUCCCCGUGCCAGCUCCCUUCUCUACUGUGCUCACUGUUGUACCAAGCAAUAUGUUAAACCUACAGAAACACUAACGAACAGCAGGAGGACUUUUGGUGGGGGAGAUCCCAUCCAGGAACACCUGAAAACGUCUGGAAAAGAAGGAAGGGUUCCAUUGCUCCCACAGAAUGUCUGAUUCUGAGGUCCUUAUCCAUUGUAAUUUUGUGGCCUUACUGUGACUGAAGUAUCUAACCCUAUUUGAGAGCCCUUUGUAGAAUUGUGUUGAUAAAGCACUGAGGGCUGGGUGCCUCCUGGCUGUGCCCAUUUCCAGUGCAUUGCAAUGCAUGUGCAGUUCGUGUGUAAGUGUUUUGUACUGCAGAAUAUAGUCUUGACUUGUUCUUGCCUCCCAGGUUCAGGAGGCCAUUCACACCGACACUCUUGUCAAGCCACGUAAAUAAUGUGAGAAAUUGAAGCAGUUUCUUCCUCCUUAGCCAACCCUUCCAUCAGCUGGUUGUGGACUUCUGAUGUAUUGCUGGGAGUUAUCAGUACACUAAAUGUCAUAAAUAGAGUGUAUAUGUACUACUGUAUCUCCAUAUGUCUAUUUAAAGAAUUUAUUUCCAAACUGUAACCAUAACUGGGUUUAGUUGCAAAGGAUAUGCAUGAUGUUACCCUUAUUUUUGUGAACACCUCCUAAUAAAUGUAAAGUCCCAUGCCUGAUUUAAAAAAAAUGUCUUCUACAAAGCUUGUUUCAACAUCAAUAUAUAUUGUCUAUUUUGACUGAUAUCAAGAGAGUAGCUUUAUGAUUGUAAAAUAUUUGGACACAAACUACAGAUGUAAGAAAAUAAACUAUCACGAUGAA